ACGUAAACAUAAAUACUAUUUGGACAUGGUCAAAGUAACGCAUUGCUAACCCUCCCACCGCCCUUUAUUCUUCUUUCUUUUUUUAUAUAUAUGUAAAUGUAGUUCAAUACACCACUGCAGCAGCUGUUACAAAGACACCCAAGGUCAAUGUCAUGGAAGCCAUUACACAACAACAAAUUGAAAAGUCUAAUACGGAUGGACGUCGUGAAUUAUUCUCAAAAACCAACCAACAAGGUGUAAAGCCUGGAUCCAUUGUUUUAGUGGAAACCAUGAAUGGACCUGGCGAAACCACCUCUUCUACAUUUAUGGGUGUCUGUAUUGCUAUUCGUAGAAAGGGUAUUGAUACCAACUUCACUCUUCGUAAUAUCGUGAUGCGUAUCGGUGUUGAACAAAGAUAUUCUCUCUACUCACCAUUGUUAAAGAGCAUCAAGGUGAUGCAAAAGCCCAACGAAAUUAAGUUCAGAAGAGCCAAGUUGUGGUAUUUGAGAGAUCAACCCGGAAAGGCUUUCCAACCUCUCCAAGCAUUGUGGAAACAAGAACAAUUGGAAAAGUCCAAGAAAUAAAUUUUUCAUAUUGUAUAGAAUAAUAAAAGAUAU